AUCCAAUUUUAAGAAGAAUAGCUAUAGAAGAAGAAGAAACAGAAGUUACUAGAACAUAUGUGCUCAAUUUCCGCAGGGACAUAGGUAUGCUCGUAAUACCAAGUAAACCGAAAUUAUUAAUAGAGGCACAAACAAUGCCAGCCGACAUGGAACUGUGGACUCGCGACGCGAAUUGUGCCAUGGAGCGUCGACAAGUACCAUCCAGAAUUCCUCCACCUAAACAACAGGGACAAUGCCCAAAUACACUAGGUGAUCGACCAAACGAUUCGAUACCUUUGAAAUGUACAAAGUGCGGAAGAUUAGGACACACCAGUGACGAGUGCUACGUUCGAAAUUUUCAAGUGACCAACCAGGGAAAAAUUCCACCACCAAGAGUGAACAACCUCAAUUCUCAAGAGAACAAAAUGACAGAAACAACAUCCGAAUCAACUGCACCACCGGAAAAUUACUACAAAUUUGCUGCAGAGUUCCACGAAUAUCGAGAAUCGGAAGACUACUCGUGGACAUAGGAGUAGGAAUCAACAUUCUCAAGCGAUCAGUAGCCGAAAGAACAGAGCUGACAGAAACCAAAACAUUCUUUAUGGGUAACGACAAACAUACUACUCACGAGACGACUAUAAUUCAGAUACAACAAAUACCUCAUACCUUUCACAUAGUCCCUGAUUCAUUUCCUUUAAUAGAAGACGGCAUAAUGGGCCUACCAUUCUUAGAGAAAUAUAAAUACGAAAUCAAUAACGAAUCAUUAAAAAUUAACGACAAAAUUGUACCAUUUCAGAAAACUACUCCUCACACAUUAUCUCCGCGGAAAAAACAAAACGAACACAAUAUUUAGACGGAAAACCUGUUCAAAUAUGCUACAUCAACACUGGCCGACGACCCUCACCCUCUUGUUCUACUUCAUUGGAACAAUCUACUGUAAAUUACAUACCGAACCUUUAAAUAAUUCGACAGUAUUUUUAGAACACAUCGACAAUUGUUACUUAUAUACUAAUCAAGUAUCUAUAUCUAUUAUUAUCAAUCCACACUACCUACUAAAACAACCCGAAGUUAUUGCAGAAUCAUUAAAAGGUCUAUCAAAACAUUGCAAUAAAUGCGCGUACAAAACAGAAAUUCAAAACUUAGUAAACGAACUCGUAACAAUACAAAAAAUGAUUUCUCAAUUGAAAUUAACGUUAAGAAUUAUUCAUAGACGAGGUUUAUUAAAUAUAGUUGGUUCAGUAUCCAAAUCUCUUUUCCGUACUCUAGAUGAAAACGAUUUAACGAUAAUUAACGAAAACAUGGACAAACUAUUUGACUCGAAUAACAAAUAA